AUGGUGUUACUCCAGUCGCUCGUUUUCCCGCUGCUGGCCCUUCAGCCGCUGGUCUCGGCCAACGAACUCGUCGAGCGCAAGAUCGACUGCUCCAACCCCAAGGUCAAGUCGCUGGUCAAAUCAGCCAAGUCCGUGGCCGGCAAGCAGAUCAAGACCUUCUGUUCGUCAUACCUGCACUACAAAACGAAGACCAAGACCGUUGUCGAGACCUUCACUUGGACUAACGUGGUGGAUGAGUUUGUCACCGAGGGCAUCGACACCUUUCUGACCUUUGCCACCACGACAAUCUCGGCCACCACGACCGUCAUUCGCACCAUUGGCGUUUAUGAAGGCGUCGAGAAGCGUGACGUUGCGGCGAGCGCCGCCCCAGCGCUCAAUCCGACCGCCGCCUCGUCUCAGAUCACCCAAGCCCCGGCGUACGACGAUGCGGAAGCCGACCCAGAAGACCUGCGCCGAGAUAUCCAAGAACGCGCCCUUCCCAAGAAGCUCAAGCCCGACUACCGUGGACGUGUACUUGGAUCCUCCCCGAGAAUCGUGAGCGAGGCCUGCAGCUGCCUUGUGAAGAAACCGACGCUGACAACCACAACUAGCUAUUUUGCCAUUGAAGAGACAGCUACAGCCACGUAUACCGUGGCCUCGGACUCUACUUGGACGACGUCCACAUACACGAAUCAUGACUACUCGACCAUAAGCGUGGUUCACACCAGGACUUUUAGCAAGCCAACGAAUUGCGGCACCGAGGCACAGCCAACCUUCUUCGUGCAGAUGCGGGACGCCGACCGCAGCAGCACGGAUCAAUGGGACAACAACUACCUCGCCUUGAUGAGCAGUUCCAAUUAUCGAGGUCAGGCCGGCGACGCCGUCCUCAUGGCCGAAGCCUCCAAGAGCCGCGCGGUUCUCGUCACCAUCGAGCCGGGCACAGGCUACCUGCGCGAGGUGCGGAAGGGGCGGUACCUCAACACCGACUACUUCAACGAUUUCCAGAUCAUGUUCUGGAACACGCAGGCGUGGAUCGACCUACGUGGGUACCGGUACAUCAAGUGCGCCAUUGUCCAGGUCGGCAUUCAGAGAGAGCUCCAGUGCGACGUUGCGGAAGCCGCCUGGGAUAUCCACGUUUGGCAGACUUGCCCUAUUUACUGGGAGUGGUUUGCGACGCCCAUGGUUUUGGGAGCAGAGUUCAGCAAGACCACCCCUGAAUGUUUUGAGAAGAAGAUGCCGACGACGGUGGCCGAGUACCAAGUCCCAGAGGGCAUCAUCGUACCCGGUGUUAGCCUCGGUGCGGUGAUGCAUCAUGACGAGCUUCGGAGCCAGCAGACACCGACAUUCUCACAGAACUGGAACGACCACCCACCGCCGCAAUAUUUCGUCGCAGAUUUGCCCGCUCAGCAUGACUUCGUGGACGACUCGCCGUCCAAGCGGCAAAACAUGGCAGCCAUCCAGACACCGUGGGAUCAACAGCUACGUGCUUCUCCGGCCGACGUGUUUCCUCCACCAACUGCUUCAACUACCGCCCAAAAGGCAAUAGCCGUGCCAAGAUCACCCCCGCCCAAAGCCAAACGGGUGCGGACCGGCUGUCUGACGUGCCGUGACAGGCACCUAAAGUGCGACGAGGCUCUGCCGGACUGUCUCAACUGUCGAAAACGUGGCCGCGCCUGCAAACGAGGAGUACGCCUUAACUUCCUCGACAUCAACGUGCACAGCUUAACCUGUGUGCCAACUUCGGAAGAAUGGGCAGUCCAAUUCCACGACGAGUCUCGCGAAAUUGCGUCGGAGUAUCGAGGCGGGCUCAGACGUUAUGCCCCAUAUGACUCGGAACGAGAACUUCCACGCAACCUUGGAGUCAACCGACAUAGUCUAAACGAGCGACGCCAUUCGGAACAUGGGACGCAGUCCAUGGUGCACAACUUCAGCUCGCAGGCCGUUGACAACUCGGACGACGCAAAGGCCUCUGGCACACGGGCUGAAUUUGGUCCGAAAACCUUACCUUCAGAAAAGUAUUGGGCAAACAAUCAGAACCCUGCUACUUUAGGUAGUAGCUCACACUCGAGAACCACAAGCGAUGCAUCUAAUAUCGCCACUCCGUCAUCUUCAAGUCAGUCCAACGUCGCAUAUGGGGCACAUUCGUUUCAACACCUCGUCGCUGUCAGGAGAAAACCAUCUUUCCGUCGAAGGAGUGAUGUAUCGGCUGCGGCAUCUAUCCUUCCACAAGCAACCAUCACAGCGCCAAACGAGACGAAGCUCCCCAUCAACAACUUGCCGAGUGAAAACCCCACGACGCCCGGACGCGAGUUUCUUAGCACUCCAGAAGAGAUUGGGUACAUGCAAGUCUUUGUCGAAGACGUGUGGGUGUGGAUGGACUCAUUCGACAAAGAAAAACACUUCAGUCGUCUUAUUCCCUUCUAUGCCCUCAAAUCGACGAUGCUCCUCAACGCAUUUCUCGCUUGUGGCGUGAAGCACCUCUCCCUGAGCUCCCCAGACGAAAAUGACAAGGCGCUCUUCUACUAUAACACGGCAACCUCCCAACUUCUCCGCAGCCUUCAAAACCCAGACCGAAACAUGGCGGAGUGUGCGAUAACUGCGGUGAUUCUCAACGUAUACGAAAUCAUGUCGGAGAAACCGGCUCAUCGCAUGCGGCACAUCGGUGGCGCCCGUGCCUUGAUCCUCGAGUGUCGAUGGGAUGCGAGGAGUACGGGAAUCGGGGCCGCGUGCUUCUGGCAAAACAUUACCAUGGAGGUGUUGAUAUGCCUUUCAGAGAACUGGCGGACGACUUGGAGCCCUGAUGACUGGGGUCUGGACCUUAGUUUUUUCAAGGAGGGAGAAGACCAGGUGACGAUCGAGCCAGACGAAGUCUUUGUGCACAGGAUCAUAUUUGUCAUUGCCAAGAUCGUCAACUUUCGAGCAGCGGCCCCUGGAUUUGAGGAAAUUUCUCCUCAGGAUGAACAGCUUUGGCUAAGAGAGCGAUUGGGCCGCUGGCAUGAGCUUAAGCGGCUCUGUGAUCGAUGGAACCACCGCUGCCCGAGGACGAUGCACCCGUAUGGCUAUAUGAAGCCAUCCAAGUCUACGGGUGAUUCAGUAUUCCCUUACAUUUGGAUGAUUAAAACUGCGGCAACUCUCGGCCGCUUGCUCUAUCACACAGCGCAAUGCAUUCUCAGCCAGAGCCACCCCUCCAAGCAGAUAACCGAUUCUGAAGGAAUGAGAAACUUGCAGCUACACCACGCGCACCAAGUUUGCGGCAUCGCGGCGUCUACCAAGGACCGUGGUGUCAUUCCAAUGACGAUUCGAUGUUUGGCCAUCGCCGCGCUUGUCCUGUCCGAGUUUCACGAACAAGCAGAAGUGUUAGGAAUCCUGGACAGAUUCAAAAACCAAGGCGGAUGGCAUCUUGGCUCAGUCGAACCCGAGUUGAAAAGAGCCUGGGGCUGGGAACGGGGAAGAUUUCCGGUGGCAUUAGCGACGAGCCAGCCUGACGACCAGCCACCAGCUGGUAGCCAUGCAAUGCCGCCGCCCGUACGCGCGCCUGCGAUGAUGCCAAUGCCCAACUCGGACUCGCCGGUAACUGCGGUAAUGAGAGUAUUGACACCUCCCGGGGUUGCCAAUCCAUGUGUGAAUCCGUUGAGCUUCGCAGACUUUCGUUUGCCGAACCAUCCGUAUCAGAACUGGUAUGAGCCACCGAAUAGGACAAGCCCGGGGGUAGCAAAUGAGUAG